AUGAAUCGUAAUCGUGCCAUGCCUUCGCCUCGAUCUUCCUCUUUGUACAGACGAAAAUCCGGUCUGAACACACCUCAGCCUGACGAUAUGGCGCCUAGGGCGGCCACGCCUUUGCUUGGGGAGGAGAACAAUGGUCGAGACACGCCUACGCUAGACUUUGGGCCUUCGACGUCGUCUUCUGCACCGUUGCUGCCCAUGGACGAGCCGGGCAUGCCGCGAAUGAAGAACUUCACUUACAGAAGACGAAGUAUCUGGAUCAGAAACCGACGGCGGAUACUUAUAGCCAUCUUGAUCGUGGGUGCGCUGGCUCUGCUCGGGACUUACCUGGCGCCUACCAAGCGGAAAGCCGACCCUACGUUGCAGCUUCCGGAUGGACCGCUCGUCGUCAAGCUACCCGGCUAUGGCAAUUUCCAAGGAACGAAAGUCGUCAAGAAUAGGAAAAACAUCGUCUUCGACGAUCCCAUCAAUGCAUGGUUGGGCAUCGAGUACUCGACACAACCUGUUGGCAAGUCACGGUUUGCGGCGCCAGAUUGGCCAAAGGAGUUCAACGGGACGAAGAACGCCACGCAGUACGGGAAGGCAUGUAUGCAGAACUGGGGUUGGAAUCCACAGCACCAUUCAGAAGCUUGCUUGACGUUCAAUGUGUUCCGGCCGCAAGGUGUUUCAUUCGACCGGAAGCUGCCGGUGUUUGUCUUCUUCCACGGAGGCUCAUUUGUGGUUGGGGAUGGCAAAGCAUUAGAUGGCGCAACCUUCGUUUCGAAAAGCAAAGAGCCGCUCAUGGUCGUGACAGCACAGUACCGGUUAGGCGCUUUAGGAAGCUUGCCGAGCAAGCUGUUUGAAGAGGAGGGCUUGCUGAACCUAGGGAUGCGAGACCAGAGGCAACUACUCGUGUUCCUACAGAAAUACAUGGCGGAUUUCGGAGGCGAUCCGGAACGCGUCACGAUAGGCGGGCAGAGUGCAGGAGCGCAUGCAGUCGGUCUUCAUCUUUUCCACGACUACGGUGACACGAAAGGCAAGAAGCUCUUCAGCCAGGCUAUUAUUGCUUCCGGCGCACCAACUGCACGAGGAUUUCCCGGGCCUUCGUACGCACUCAACGAACGCUAUUACAAUGAGUUCAUGACUUACGUUCAAUGCCCCAACAAGGUCAACAGCACCAACGCCGAAACCCUCGAUUGUCUCCGCAAUGUCCCAAUGCGCAAAUUGCGCUUAGCGUCUGGGAAGAUAUACACAUCGUCAAACUACAACAUCACCUGGCCAUGGCAGCCCAGCCACCCAGGUCCCCUCCUAGAGAAAUCAGGCUCCCAAUCCGGGAUUGACGGCACCUUCUACAAGGCCCCUCUCCUCAUAUCCUCCGUCACAGACGAGGGCAAGAUGUUCGCGCCCAAAGAUCUUCAAUCCAACACACAAUUCGUAAACUUCAUGGCGAACCUUCUGCCUGGCCUCACCAAAACCGACCUCGCUGAGCUCGACGCGCUCUACCCCGACCCAAGUAACGGUGAAGGGCCGUACGCAGACCAUGUGGGUAGAUUCGUGAGCACGCAGUUCGAACGCAUAAGCGCCGCCUAUGGGGACUACUCGUACAUCUGCCCCGUGCAGGAAACCGCGCAUCGACUCGCCGCCGCCGGGGCGCCCGUUUAUAAAGCGCGCUUUAACACUCCCAAUGGCGCGGCGCCGCAUAUGGGCGUUCCGCAUGCGUCGGAUCACGGGUAUUUCAACGGACACCGCAACACGCAGUUCCCUGAGGUUGCGGAUAUUUAUCAUAGUUACUAUGCCAGCUUUGUUGUCAGCGGGAAUCCGAAUACAUACAAGAUCGCAAAGGCGCCACAGUGGGAUCGCUACUGGCACGAAGGGAGUGCGCAAUUAGCCGUAGGAAAUACAGACAGGGGCGGCGUCGUCAUGGAAGAGGAGAGGAAGGGCAUCAGGAUGAAGGAGUGCAAGUGGUGGAGGGACGAGGCACGGAUGAAGAGGAUCAACAAAUGA